AUGAGGCGUGGCGGUAUUGAGAACCCGGUGUUUGAGCCACCCAGCCCCGACCUCGACCGCCAGCGCCAGGCGAGACCUGCAGGGGCAGAUGCCGGCGUACCUGAGGCUGAGGCUGAGGUGGGGCCCUGCGGGUGGAGCCGUUGCGCCCCUAAGGCUAUGCAGCUCUGCAACAACCCUGAGGGCUACCUGGCUGCGUACAGCCUCCUGGCUAUCUUCCAAGGUAUUGUGGUAAAUGGCCUGAUUAAUAUUAGUAUUUCAACAAUUGAGAAGCGUUAUGAGUUGAACAGUUCCCUCACUGGCUUAAUCUCUGCAAGCUAUGACAUUGCUUUUUGUAUAUUGUCGCUGUUUGUAUCUUUCUUUGGAGAAAGGGGGCACAAACCACGAUGGCUUGCUUUCUCAGCGUUUAUGCUAGGAUUGGGCUCACUUAUAUUUUCCUUACCACACUUCAGUAGUGGAAAAUACCACUAUGGAGCUAAACUUGAAGACACGUGUCAAAUUCCAGGAACAAGCUCUGGUAACUUCACUUGCAGUGCCAGCACAAAGUCUUCACUUCCCAAUUAUCUGUAUGUCUUUAUCCUGGGACAGCUGCUGCUGGGAGUUGGAGGAACUCCACUAUAUACUUUGGGGACAGCUUUUAUUGAUGAUAGUGUCCCAAAACACAAGUCUUCCCUUUACAUAGGAAUUGGCUAUGCCAUGUCACUGCUGGGUCCUGCUAUUGGCUAUGUCUUGGGAGGGCAGCUACUUAAUAUUUAUAUUGAUAUCCAGAUCCCAGAAAGUUCAAAGAUGGAUCAAGAUGACCCACGUUGGCUUGGAGCAUGGUGGAUAGCAUUUGUUGCAUGCUUUCUUGCAAUUUGGCUGCUUAUAAUACCUUUUUCGUGCUUUCCAAAACACCUACCAGGAACAGCAAAAAUACAGGCUGAAAAAAUCUCUGAAACGCAUAACGAUGGAAGUGAGGUACUUGUUGAGACCAAAAAUAUUGGAAAGAGUUUUAAAGACUUUCCCGUGGCUCUCCUGAUACUGUUGAAGAAUCCAGUGCUAAUGAGUCUAAUAAUAGCCAGUUCUUCAGAAGCCUUAGUUGCCACUGGCUUUGCCACAUUUCUUCCGAAGUUUAUAGAAAGUCAGUUUGGAAAGACCUCAAGUAUUUCAGCAACUCUUGGAGGGCUUAUAUUAAUUCCAGCAGCAGCACUAGGCCAAAUCAUAAGUGGCAUCUUGGUUUCCAAGUGCAAAAUGGAUUGCAAAAGCAUAAUCAAGUUCAUGAUAAGCACAUGUUCAGUGGCCCUACUAUUAAACACAGUGUUUUUAUUUGCUAAAUGUGGGAAUGAACCUUUCGCAGGUGUCUCUGAAACAUAUAAUGGAACAGGCACACUAUAUAACUUAACAGCACCAUGCAAUGCUAACUGCAGAUGUUUGCGCUCUAUGUACUACCCAGUUUGUGGCAAAGAUGAAGUCCAGUACUUUUCUCCGUGUUUUGCAGGAUGUGCAUCACAUCUUUUUAACAACAUGAAAAAGACAUACUACAACUGUUCCUGUAUUGGGAAACCGAAAAGAGAAAAUGGUUCAGAAGACUUUCUGUACGAAGCUGUCCCUGGGAAAUGUCCAACACAAUGCAAAUUUUUACCUUUAUUCCUGACCUUCUUCUUUCUUGCAGUUGUUUUUACAUUUAUGGCUGUUACUCCAACAACUGUGGCCAUUCUCAGGUGUGUGCCAGAUAAGCAGCGCUCAUUUGCUCUUGGAGUACAGUCAGUGUUCCUACGACUACUUGGUACUAUUCCUGGACCAAUUUUGUUUGGUGUUGCUAUAGACAACAGUUGUACUCUGUGGGAUAUUAAUGAAUGUAAAACUAAAGGAGCCUGUUGGGUUUAUGACAAUGAAAGAAUGGCUUAUCUGCUGAUGGGCAUAAGUGCUGCUUGCAAAAUCAUCUCGAUCAUCUUUGUGGUCAUGGCAGUAUGUUUGUAUAAGCCUCCACCAUCAAGUGCAGCCCUGUCAAAAAAGGAUUCAGAAGCAGUAUCUGCUAUACACACAUAG